AUGAUGUCCGAGAGAGAUUAUGCGCCUCUCAGCGCAGCCUGCGUACGUUCUCUCAAUGACAAGCUCUACGAAAAACGAAAAGCGGCUGCUCUGGAAAUCGAAAAGAUGGUGAAGGAAUUUGCUGCGCAUAACAAUACCAUACAAAUCAAGCGAUUGUUAAAGGUAUUGGGUCAGGAUCUUGCUACAUCCCAGAAUCCGCAUACACGGAAAGGUGGUUUGAUAGGCUUGGCUGCGAUCGCAGUGGGCCUGGGAAAAGACACUGGCCAAUACAUAGAAGACUUGAUUCGUCCUAUCCUAGCUUGUUUCUGUGAUUCCGAUUUGCGUGUCAGAUAUUACGCUUGCGAGAGUUUGUACAACGUAGUCAAGGUAGCCAGAGGUGCUGUACUGCCACAGUUCACAGAUAUCUUUGCAGCACUUAGUAAAUUAGCUUGCGACUCGGAACAGAGCGUGAAAAAUGCUACCGAACUAUUGGACAGAUUGAUGAAGGAUAUUGUCACAGAAAGCGGUUUGUUCGAUUUAGUCGGAUUCAUGCCUUUAUUACGGGAACGUAUUUAUACCAAAAAUCCGUUUGGUAGGCAGUUUGUAAUAGCAUGGGUAUCUGUCUUAGAUGCUGUCCCUAACAUGGAUUUUAUUAUAUUUCUACCUGAAAUUCUUGAUGGUUUAUUUAGAAUAUUAGAGGAUCCGACACCAGAAAUUAAGAAAGUUACAGAUACAGUUCUUGGCGAAUUUUUACGGAGUAUAAAGGCGAAUCCCGGGAGAGUAGAUUUUCCCGGGAUGAUAAAUAUUUUAAUUACGCACGCACAGAGUACAGACGAACUGUUGCAGUUGACAGCGAUCACGUGGAUCAAGGAAUUUGUAAAUUUGUCAGGUCCCCUCAUGCUCCCAUAUAUGUCUGGGAUUUUUGUAGCAGUGUUACCUUGUCUAGCAUACGACGGGGAUACCAGAAGAAGUAUUAAAGAAACCGCGACGCAAGUGAACGCGAAUUUGAUGAAAUUAGUAACUAUGGAGAACACGCAAGUUGUAAAUAAUAUCAGCGAUGCUGAUACUCAAAAUCAGAAAGACUCUAGUCAGAAUUGUUCCUUAGCCGAGAGUUUAGAUUUAUCUAGUGUCGUCGAAGUAUUAAUAAAGCAUUUGAUGUGCAUGUCGGUUCAAACGAAAGUAGCCGUUUUAAAAUGGAUUCAUCAUUUGUUUCUAAACAUUCCACACAAGAUGUUUAAUCAUAUCGAAAGUUUGUUCCCGAUUUUAAUGAAGUCGCUAAGCGACAAUUCAGAUGAGGUGGUGCAACAAACACUGGUCGUAAUGGCUGAGAUAAUCAGUUCGAAAUCACCCGAAGCAGCUGUCACCGAUUCGAACGCAGAAACCCAGAACAAGUACUUCACAAAAUUCAUUGUCAGCUUAUUGAGAAUAUUCUCGACAGACAGACAUUUGCUGGAAGAAAGAGGAACAUUUAUCAUUAGAGAGCUGUGCAUUCUGUUAAGUGCCGAAGAUAUCUACAAAACGUUAGCGAAGAUAUUGUUGGAGGAACCGAAUUUAAGUUUCGCGUGUACGAUGAUACAAACUUUAAACGUUAUACUGUUGACGAGCUCGGAAUUAUUCGAUUUACGAAAUAAACUGAAAGAUUUGGAUUCCUUGGAAAGCUGCGAACUGUUCAAAUGUUUGUACAUUUCCUGGUGCCACAAUCCUGUCGCGACUGUAGCGUUAUGUCUUUUGUCGCAGCACUAUGGACACGCUUGCAAUAUUAUUCGAUCGUUUGAAAAUAUCGAAGUGACCGUGGAGUUCUUGACAGAAAUAGACAAAUUGGUGCAGUUGAUCGAGUCACCGAUAUUUACCUAUUUGAGAUUACAACUUCUAGAGAGGGAGGAGAAUGAUGCCUUGGUGUAUGCGUUGUACGGUUUACUGAUGAUUCUUCCUCAAAGCGAGGCUUAUUCGACUUUGCAAAGACGUUUAGCGGCGAUUCCACCGACGACGAAGUCGAUACCGAAAACAGUAUCAAUCGCGAAACCCAAGAAGUUUCAAGACACGUUUGACUUUUCAGAAUUGUUAAAACAUUUCCACUCUAUUCAAGAACAGCACAAAGAACAGAAACGUAAGCAAAGAUUAAUAAAUUUAACAGAGAAGAAUGCAAAUCACGGGGAUAUGUAGAUAACAUUUUA